AUGGCUUCAGGAAAAGACACUGAUCCAACCUCACCUAAACUAGCCAAUGUCUGCUCUGAUGAGAAUUCAUAUGAUCCUGCUAAUAAGUAUGAUACUCAUUUGCCACGGUUUUCAUUAAAGCAAGGGAUGAUCCCAGCACGUUAUGUCAUGCCUUGGAAAGAAAAUAUGGAAUUCAGAAAAGUGAAUCUGAAGCAAGCAGAAGCAUGUGGGAUCUAUACAGGACCACUAGAAGACUCUCUCUUUUUGGAUCACAGUGAAAGGCUUUGCCAUGGGGAAGAUCGCCAAGUUGUCUUGAAGAAAGGCCCACCAGAAGUAAAAAUUGCAGAUAUGCCUUUGCAUUCGCCUCUCUCCAAAUACCAAAGCACUGUGAUCUCCCAUGGCUUCAGGAGGCGACUAGUCUGA